ACCACUGAAGCUGCAGUGAGUGGAGCUGCGAAGAGGUGGGGUCAAAGACUGAUGCCUGGACCUGGCGACUGGAAAAUGUGAGCUUUUGCAAAGGAAAAUGGAAAAUGAAACACAGAGUGCUUCAGAGCCAAGGAACACAAGGACAGCCUGAGGUGUACCUCACAACUGUAAUUGCUAAAGCUGUCGACGAAGCUGGAUGAUCUGUAAGAGAUCAGCAAACGCCUGACCCGAGGGGGGCCAAUACUAUUUGUGGGAGAACCUUAUCCCUUGGUGGAAUGUGGCUGGGAUUUCGGACCACAGGACGAAGACACGGGGCAUUUUCUGUGUGAAAAAGCACGCGAAGGGAGAACAAGUCGUAUUUGGAGGUAGAGGGGGAGACUUCGCUUUCAGGCUGUGGAGGCUGCUGGUCAGCCAUGGACUGUACGAAAGGGGAGCCUUCUGACAACUCUCCGUUCAGGCGGAGGAGAUCGUUGAAGGAUUUUUUUCGGAACUCGUCCACUUCCCGGGCACUGGGGCUCAUCUGGAGGCGAGUAAGCGACCGGCGCUCUUUAGAACUUGAGGCGAAGAAGACUUGUGAGUGGCUUCGUGCCGCAGGAUUCCCUCAGUAUGCACAGCUAUAUGAAGACUUAAGGUUUCCCAUUGACAUAUCCUCUGUGAAGAAGGAUCACAGUUUCCUGGACCAGGACUCUUUGAAAGCUCUUUGCAGGAGGCUGAUGACCCUCAACACUUGUGCCUCUAUGAAGUUAGAAGUCCAUUUCCAACGUAAACAGAGUGAAGACUCGGAUGAAGAUGACCAGUGCGCAAUUAGUGACAGAUGGGCAUUCCAGAGAGAGAGCAAAAGAUGGUCUCGGUUAGGAUCUUUGGAUUUUCCAUCUUCUGGCCAAGUAGUUUUGGAAUCUGCCAUGAAAAUUUCAUCAAGCCGGGAGAGCAUGCUCACAGAUCUGAGUGCAGACUUGGAAGCCACGUCACUACACAGUAGUAACAGUAAUGGAAGUGUUAGGGCACCAGUAAUAAUUAAGGUUAGUGCGCCUGAAUAUAAACCUGAAAUUUCAGACCAUGAUUCUUCAUCACUGACCAAGUCUGACCAAAAUUCAGGUGACUCAUCUCUUCUGGGAGUUUCUAAAAACCAAAGCAAUUUAAAGGAAAAAACAAAAAAGAGGUCUAGAAGCUUCCUUAAGAGACUUGAGUCUUUGCGGAAGAAGGAGAAAGACAAGGAUGGUACCAAGACCAAAGACUUGCCUAAUACUGAAGUGCUUGUUCAUGAAGAACAGACUGUUUCUGGAAAUGUUCCUUGUGUGAGUAACGAGAGCCAUAUUGAUGGCUUGAAACCAGACAUUUCUAAAGUGGACAUUCCUUCACAAAUCAGAAGCCAUAAAUUUAUAGACAGAGGGUACAGGACUAAAAGUUUACCUGCCUCAGCUAGCAGAAAGCCAAAGACAAAAACGAAAUGCAGUGGAGUUUAUUUAGAGGACUAUGAAAUGAGUAUGAAGACCACAAGAUGGUUAACAGUUCACCAUAGGCAUAGUCAAAAGGACAGUGCUAUUGUCUAUGUUCCCAGGGACCAUAAACCAGGAACCUUUCCCAAAUCUCUUUCAAUCGAGAGCCUUUGCCCUAUGGAUAAUAGUCACUUGGGAAACUGGAGAUUAGAGACCAGACAUUUUGCAAACUCUGUAUAUUACACCAUUGACCCCCAGGGCUUUGUUCGAAGGAAGAGCCCAAGCUCUUAUAGCUCCACAGGAAGUAGAACUAGUAUUUAUGACAAUGUACCAGAAUUUUUUGGUAGCACUGGCAAUUUUUUUGAUUUAGACAGUGAUGACAUUUUUUUGCACCUUGAUGAUGUUUUGCACCAUGUCCGUGGGCUGCAGGAAAAAGUUGAACUCUGGUCCAAAGCUGUAUGUCCUGAACUAGAUGAUGAGUCUGACCUAGUGGGAGAUUCCUCCUUUCCAUCCUCUUUCCCAUCCAAUGUAAAUUUUGAGGAGCAUUCCAUGUCAGAUAUGGGCACUUCAGCCAGUGACUUUGAUAGUACUGGCAACUCACUAAAUGAGGCAGAAGAAAUGGAGAUGAGGGAACGGAGAGACUCUGGUGUUGGAGCUUCAUUGACAAGACCUAACAGUAGGAAGUUAAGAUGGCAUAGUUUCCAGAACUCUCAUCGGCCAAGCCUAAACUCGGCAUCAUUGGAAAUUAAUCGUCAAUCAGCUGCACAGCUGAAUCUACUGCAGAAACUUUCUCUUCUUCGGCUGACAGCUACAAUGGAGAAGUAUUCAGGGCACAGCAAGCAUGGUUGGGCAUGGAAUGUACCAAAGUUCAUGAAGAGAAGCAAAACACCUGACUACAGAGAUAAGAAUGUAUUUGGAGUACCCCCUAUAAUUAAUGUUCAAAGGACAGGACAGCCAUUGCCUCAGAGCAUUCAGCAGGCAAUGAGGUUCCUUCGCAGUCAGUGCAUGGGACAGGUUGGCAUUUUCCGCAAAUCAGGGGUAAAAUCCCGAAUUCAGGUGCUGAGACAGCUGAACGAAGCAUCCCCUGAUGGCGUAAAUUAUGAGGGGCAGAAUGCUUAUGAUGUGGCAGAUUUGCUAAAACAGUAUUUUCGAGACCUGCCUGAACCCAUUUUCACAAGCAAGCUAACAGACACUUUCCUGCAAAUCUACUUAUAUGUCCCAAAGGGUCAGCACCUGCAGGCAGUUCAGGCUGCAUUUCUGUUAUUACCUGAUGAAAACAGAGAGGUCCUUCAGACGCUGUUGUACUUUCUUAGUGACAUCGCUUCUGGUGAACAGAACCAAAUGACUGCAGGGAACUUGGCAGUCUGUUUGGCACCCUCUAUCUUUCACCUUAAUGUCCCCAAGAAGGAAAGUGCUUCACCCAGAGUGAGUAGACGGCGGGGUUCCAUAAUGAAAGCAAGCCAGAAGGACCUGAAUGAGAACCUAGCAGCCACAGAGGGCUUAUCUCACAUGAUCACAGAGUGCAAGAAGCUAUUUCAGAUCCCACAUGACAUUAUGCUGCAAACCAGGAAUUCCUACAUUGCUGCUGAUACUCACCCUCUGCCCUUGGAUGAGUUUGGCAGGAAUACAGAAAAUGAAGGUCAGGAUUUUCGAGUGUACCUGGAUGACUGUAUUCAGAACUUAAUGAAGGAAGCAGCUGAUAAAUGGAAAGGCUGGCAGAAUGUUCCAGGACCAGCACAUACUGAACUCUUCUACAAAAAGGUCAGUGAUAGCCAGCCUGUUCGACAGUGGAGAGUCUGUACAGAAAUUGAAACACAGCCAUCGUUGGUACUGCACAGGCUGUUAAGGGAACGCCACAUGUGGGAUGAAGACUUGCUUUGGGGAAAGGUGUUGGAGGCUGUGGAUAAAAAUAUAGAGAUCUACCACUAUGUGGUUGACAGCAUGGCACCGCUCCCCCGGAGAGACUUUGUGGUGCUCAGGAAGUGGAGGACCGAUUUACCAAAAGGAAGUUGUGCACUGGUGUCCACAUCUGUAGAUUAUGAGAAGGUACAACUGGAAGGAGAAGUACGAGCUGUGCUGUUGAAGUCCCAGUAUUUAAUUGAACCUUUGAGUGUGGGACGAUCCCGACUCACAUACAUCUGCAGGGCUGAUCUCAGAGGUCGAUCUCCAGACUGGUAUAACAAAGUGUUUGGACACCUAUGCGCAGUGGAGGUUGCUAGGUUAAGGGACUCUUUUCGAGUGCCACAGCAACAUGGCCUUGAAACCAAACUCUGAAUCACUGAGGAAAAACAGUCUGCUGUCGUACUUUGAAACUGGAUGCCACAAAGGAAAAAAAUGAAACAGUAUUAUAGGGUUUUUAUUGUCCUACAACUGUCUGAAAUGAUAGGAUGGGUGUAGCUCACAAAGGCACUGCAGUGAAGUUUCCAUUUAAAUAAUCUUCAGAUGAAAAGGACUCAAACAUCUGUCUGGUAGAACUGCAAAACCUCAUUUACAUUAUUAAAGAGAAUAUUCUUUCUCCUUAACUUCAAAAAGAUGGAAUUCUUUAAAAAGUAAUACAUCUUGUAUUUCAUUAAUUUUCGUUUUUAUUAAUUUAUAAUGGAUGUUCAGAAAAAAGUACAAAUAAUCCAAGUUCAGAUGCUGUUAAUAGCUAGAGACAUUAAAGUGUGAAGGGCAUAAUGGUUUUGCUGUAGGGAAGGCUAGAGUGACACCUGUCUUUGCCUUUUUAUCAGUGCACCCUAUAGUGUAAUUAUUUAAAAAAAAAAACAGUUUACAGCGCCUGUAUGAGAGUGUAUCCUGUUGUUGUUAUAUGAUGUUUAGUAUGUGCUUCGUGUGAGAUAGGAUUUUUAGGUCUGUAGGUCUGGUGUCCACAAAAGAGUUCUUGUUAAGUUGUCUAUACUCAGGAAUACAAAAGUUUAGUAUUACUUCUAGUUUCAUACAAGUGUUGCCAAAGCACGCAUGACAGUUCAGUAUUCUUGAAAGUGACAAAAAGCUGAUGGGCUUUUAUCUUAAUGAGGUUACCCAGCACCUCUCAGUUGCAUAGGUUCUACUCUCUGUAUCUGUUUUUCAGUUUAUAUGUAAUCCUGUAGUGUCUCCAUUUUAUGGCAGAUUAUAGAAGUCUUUUGAGAUUCCACACUUGAUGGCUGUAUUUUGCAUUUUGAGUGGGCUAAUCAUUUCCAGAGAACAGUAGGACAGCUGAAAUACCAUCAUAGUAGUAAAUAUCUGUUUUUGUAGUACUAAGUUUCCAGUUUUGACAGUAUACCCUGCCUCAUAUUUGAAAAGCCCAUAUGGUACCAUCAGUAAACCCUACCAGCCCUACCAUGAAUUUGUUUUGUGUUUUUUAAUGGAAAUGCACUGAUUUGAAUGUACAGUGUUAAAUGUCUUACUAACCUGUCAAUAUGGAAUUUUCAGCUUACAUUUUGGGGAGAUAAGAUGUGGUAAUAGCAAAAGAUGAGAUUCGGUUACCUUUUGAAGCCCAACAUUUAGCAUUAUGAUUAAGAAGAAAUAAAGUAAAAGUGAAUAAUUUUUAAAAAGCAAUGAUCACUGAAGUUCUUUAAUUAAUCUUCAGUAAAACACUCAUGUCUGUAUGUGCAGUAAUACAGCAGAAAUUUGUCAAAAGUUCUACUUCUCUUCCAAAAGUAUUGAGAACUGAGAUGUGGUAACAAACCCAUUUCUAGUAAAGUACAUUUAUGUAAGCUAACUGUAAGAGUACUACUUUGGACACAUUUAUGAAAUAAAAGGUAUAAUGAG